UGCCUGGUCAGCCAUUGAACUUCAAAGCGGAACCUGAGUCUGAAACAAGCAUAUUACUUUCCUGGACACCUCCACGCUCUGAUACCAUUUCCAGCUAUGAACUGGUUUACAAAGAUGGGGAGCACGGGGAGGAGCAACGAGUUUCCACUGAACCUGCUACGUCUUAUCGCCUGCAAGGCUUAAGGCCAAACAGCUUGUACUUAUUCCGUCUAGCUGCACGUUCUCCACAAGGCCUGGGUGCUUCAACAGCAGAAAUCUCAGCAAGAACCAUGCAGUCAAAGCCAUCAGCUCCUCCUCAAGACAUUAGUUGCACAAGCCCCAGCUCCACUAGCAUUUUGGUAAGUUGGAAACCUCCACCGGUGGAAAAACAGAACGGCAUUAUCACUGAAUACUCCAUCAAGUACAUUGGGAUUGAUGGAGAAGAUGUCAAGGCCCAUGAAAUUUUGGGAAUUUCCUCGGACAGUACCCAAUACCUUUUGGAACAGCUGGAAAAAUGGACUGAGUACCGGAUCUCUGUGACUGCCCACACUGAUGUUGGACCUGGCCCAGAGAGCUUAGCAGUAUUGAUUCGGACAGAUGAAGAUGUUCCUAGUGGGCCUCCUCGCAAAGUCGAGGUAGAGGCUGUCAACUCUACUGCUGUUAAAGUCUCAUGGCGCUCGCCUGUACCCAAUAAGCAGCAUGGUCAGAUCCGAGGAUACCAGGUCCACUACGUGAGGAUGGAAAAUGGAGAGCCAAAGGGUCAGCCCAUGCUGAAGGACAUCAUGCUGGCUGAUGCACAGUGGGAAUAUGAUGAUACUACUGAACAUGAAAUGGUAAUUUCUGGGCUACAGCCUGAAACUACGUACUCCUUCAUUGUGACAGCCUAUACAACAAAAGGUGACGGAGCACGCAGCAAGCCCAAACUCGUAUCUACUACUGGUGCAGUUCCAGGCAAACCUCGGCUUGUGAUUAGCCACACACAGAUGAACACGGCUCUAAUUCAGUGGCACCCUCCUGUGGACACUUUUGGCCCGCUGCAGGGUUAUCUCCUGAAGUUUGGUCGCAAAGACAUGGAUACAUUUACAACCAUGGAGUUCUCAGAGAAGGAAGAUCACUUCACGGCCACAGACAUUCACAAAGGAGCUUCUUACGUCUUCAGGCUCUCAGCUAGAAAUAAAGUGGGCUUUGGGGAAGAGACGGUUAAGGAGAUUUCUGUUCCUGAAGAGGUGCCCAGUGGAUUUCCCCAAAAUCUCCAGUCGGAAAGCUCUACUUCUACAUCAGUUCAAUUAACUUGGCAGAUGCCACUCUUGGCAGAGAGAAAUGGCAUUAUCACCAAAUAUACCAUCUUGUACAGAGAUAUCAAUGUUGCUUACCAGCCAGUUGAACUCCCUGUGACCACUAUGACACUUUCUGGCUUAAAACCAGAUACCACAUAUGAUGUAAAAGUACGUGCCCACACAAGCAAAGGGCCUGGUCCAUAUAGUCCAAGUGUCCAGUUCAGGACACUACCUGUGGAUCAAGUGUUUGCAAAAAAUUUUCAUGUUAAAGCAGUAAUGAAGACUUCUGUUUUGCUGUCCUGGGAAAUUCCAGAAAAUUACAAUUCAGCCUUGCCUUUCAAAAUCCUUUAUGAUGAUGGGAAAAUGGUGGUGGAGGUUGAUGGACGUGCUACACAAAAGCUGAUCACUAACUUGAAGCCAGAGACAUCAUACUCGUUUGUGCUGACAAACAGAGGGAAUAGUGCUGGAGGUCUUCAGCAUAGAGUGACGGCAAAGACUGCACCAGACGUGCUUCGUACCAAGCCAGUCUUCAUUGGAAAGACCAACUUAGAUGGCAUGAUAACUGUGGAACUUCCAGAAGUACCUUCAAAUGAGAAUAUAAAAGGUUAUUACAUAGUUAUUGUGCCUUUGAAGAGGUCUCGUGGAAAGUUUAUCAAACCAUGGGAGAGUCCAGAUGAAAUGGAACUAGAUGAGCUGCUUAAGGAGAUAGCCAGGAAACGCAGAAGCAUUCGUCUUGGAAGGGAAGUUGAAUUAAAGCCAUAUAUUGCAGCUCACUUUGAAGUUCUUCCUCCAGAGUUCACGUUGGGGGAUAAGAAGCAUUAUGGUGGCUUUGAGAAUAAGCAGCUGCAGAGUGGUCAAGAAUAUGUCUUCUUUGUCCUGGCUGUAAUGGAGCACUCAGAAUCUACCAUGUAUGCAACCAGCCCAUAUUCUGAUCCUGUUGUGUCGAUGGAUCUUGAUCCCCAACCAAUUACAGAUGAGGAAGAAGGCUUGAUUUGGGUUGUUGGCCCAGUUCUUGCAGUGGUAUUUAUCAUCUGUAUUGUUAUUGCUAUACUUCUUUAUAAAAGGAAGAGAGCUGAAUCUGAUUCUAGAAAGAGCAGCAUACCCAACAGCAAGGAGGUCCCCUCUCACCAUCCCACAGACCCAGUGGAGCUGCGACGCCUUAAUUUUCAAACUCCGGGUAUGGCCAGUCAUCCCCCAAUACCUAUCUUGGAACUUGCAGAUCACAUUGAAAGAUUGAAAGCAAAUGACAAUUUGAAGUUCUCACAGGAGUAUGAGUCUAUUGAUCCUGGUCAGCAGUUCACAUGGGAACAUUCUAACCUAGAAGUAAACAAACCAAAGAAUAGAUAUGCAAAUGUAAUUGCAUAUGACCAUUCUCGGGUUCUACUCUCAGCAAUAGAAGGCAUACCAGGCAGUGACUACAUCAAUGCGAACUACAUAGAUGGAUACAGAAAGCAGAAUGCUUAUAUAGCAACGCAAGGGGCAUUGCCAGAAACCUUUGGUGACUUCUGGAGAAUGAUGUGGGAGCAACGCGGUGCAACUGUCGUCAUGAUGACAAAACUGGAGGAGAGGUCCAGGGUGAAGUGUGAUCAAUACUGGCCAAGCAGAGGCACAGAAACUUAUGGACUAAUCCAAGUGACCCUUUUAGACACUAUUGAAUUGGCAACAUACUGUGUUCGUACAUUUGCACUUUACAAGAAUGGUUCAAGUGAGAAAAGGGAAGUGAGGCAAUUCCAGUUCACUGCCUGGCCUGACCAUGGUGUUCCAGAACACCCAACACCAUUCUUAGCUUUCCUGCGACGAGUCAAGACCUGCAACCCACCUGAUGCUGGACCUAUGGUUGUACAUUGCAGUGCUGGAGUCGGCAGAACUGGCUGUUUCAUUGUGAUAGAUGCCAUGUUAGAGAGAAUAAAGCAUGAAAAGACUGUAGAUAUUUAUGGCCACGUAACUCUAAUGAGAGCGCAGAGGAAUUACAUGGUUCAAACUGAGGACCAAUACAUCUUUAUCCACGAUGCACUGCUGGAAGCAGUGACAUGCGGAAAUACCGAAGUGCCAGCCAGAAACCUGUAUGCAUAUAUCCAGAAGCUGACACAGAUAGAAACAGGCGAGAAUGUCACAGGAAUGGAACUGGAAUUUAAG